AUGGACGACCCCAAGAAUUCCAAUACUAUUCCCAAAACUACCGUACUCGUUCAUUUCCGUCUUGUCGAAAGAUCUGCCCCUCUGGCUCGAAACCCUACCCCGUUUUAUUCCCAGCAGAACAGCUCCACAGCGAUAUUCGUACUCCCCAAGGAUGCAACGCUCGUUGAUUUUACUACUACAGCAGUUUCCAUGAUCGAUAAUGAUGAACAUGGCAUUGCGACACGGGCUAGAAAUCCUAAGAAUGGGGUUUCAUUUUCCAUAGAUCUGAGCGAUCUGUUUGUGCAGUGGGCUGAUGUUCAUGAUCGACUUCCACCAUCGUGGAUUAGAAAUGAUGACGAGCUGGAGGGGGCUUUGAAAAUUAUGGAGAAGAGAGGAUGGGUGGACAACUUGAUCUACGAGAUAAUGAUAAAUGGGACUGAGUAG